AUGUCUCGCCGCCUGCGCCGCUCCCCCGACCAGCAGCCGGGCGAGGGCUCGCUACCCGUCGACAGCUCGUGGCGCAUGGUCGACGGCGAGCACGACAGCUUCGACACCACCAUCCUCCCCUCGCUGGGGCCCGAAGACGACUUUGACGACGACGUCCUCCUCUCCCGGCUUUCGUCCCAGGGCAACAACGCGUGCGGCGGAUCGCAGGACAGCAUCCGCGACUUUGCCAAGCAUCAGGACGACGACCAGGUCAUCCUGCGCGAGCCCUUUCGCCCGAGCAUGCUGAUUACGCCGAGCCACAGCCACGCGCAACGCUCGAACCUCCGCACGCCCGAUCCGCAGUUUAGGAUGCCCUUGGUCGACACCGGUCGCGAUGGGACGAGUAGCGGGGCCAGCUCGAGAACGGCGAGACCGUUUGGCAUGGGGACCGGCUACGAAGGCGGGGAUGGGGACACGGCGCGCAGACGGGGCUUGGCGUCCCUGGGAAGUCCCGCCAAGAAGCAGCGCCGCCGAGCAAUGUCGUCAUCCUUGGACGACGACGACGGCUUCGACGCGCGCCGGCGCAAACCGGCUAGGGGCCGCGACGCAAAGAGCAACACUAUCCUCGCGGCCCUGCCGUCGACCGUGUACAAGCUCUGCGCCUGGAUGGGCGAGGUCGUCUUCAUCGCCAUGACAUACGCCAAAUACCCCCUCGGCGCCCUCCUCGCCGUCUACCUCGUCUUCGGCAGCCUCAUCGUGGCGCAAAACAUGGCGACGCGCUCCAUCUAUGCGGCCGUCUCGCCCCUCUGCCGCAUCCCCGCCUCCAACGGCUCGGCCGGCGCCGGCCACCCGGUCGAGUUCAACGACCUCAUGGGCGUGCAGUCGCAGUUUGAGCAGGUGCUGGAGCGCAGCGCCGACGGCGUGUCGCUGCCCUUUGAGAUGAAGCGCUCCGAGGCGGCGGUGCGCGAUCUGCGCAGCCUCGUGCGGCACAGCGACAUCCAGGCCAGGCACGAGCUCGUCCUCGAGUUUGACGGAUACAUCGAGGCGACGCGGCGCGCGGCGUCGGACCUGCAAAAGUUCAGCACGCACGUCGGCUCGGCCGUCGACUCCGUCAUCAGCAUCAACCGCUGGACCUCGCGCUACAUUGACUCGCUCGCCCCCUCGGCCGUUGACGGCGGCCCCUCGGCGCUGGCCGAGUGGUCCUCUUGGCUGUUUGCGCCCUUUCAGCCCGCCGUGCCCGAGCCCUUCAGCGAGCGCGCCAUCCUCGACAAGUACAUUGAACACACGGCCCUCGUGUCGGACCGCAUCGCGACGCUCAUCCUCGAGGCCCAGGCCAUCCUGCGCCUGCUCACCAAGGCAGAGGCCCACCUCGCCCUCAUCUACGACAUCUCGUCGCGCUCCGAGGCCAGCGUCGCCUCGCGCCGCGACGAGAUCCUCUGGACCAUCUGGACCCUCGUCGGCGCAAACUCGGCCCGCCUGCACGGCCUGGCCCGCCAGCUCGCCCUCCUGCGCCAGGUCGACGCCCAGCGCUCCUCGGCCGUCGCCCAGGUCAGCGCCCUCGUCCUCGAGCUCGAGGCCAUCCAGGCCGGCCUCGGCGACCUGCGCGACCGCGUCGCCGAGCCCCAGCUCGUCGCCGCCUCCCCGCGCGCCGCCCACAUACCCCUCGCCGUCCACAUCGAGACGAUUGACCGCGGCGUCGAGCGCCUCCAGGCCGCGCGCGCGAGGAUCCGCGCCGCAGAGGACGAGCGCGUCAGGGACGCCGUGGCCCGCAUCGGCGGCUCCAAGAUGAACGACGAUCGCCUCAUCGACUCGCGGGGCGGCCGAUGA